CUAAAAAGUCCUUUUAUAAUCCAAAAGAAGUUAAAUUUAUCAACCAAAACCUCCUAAUAGAGAAGGAAGGUUUUAUAGAAAAAAAAAAAUAUCAAAUCCAAAACAGUCCUUUAAAAUCAAUAUGAUAUCUAGUGGGGAUUUUUUAUUUUCUUCAUUAUAUUAGGUUGUGACAUAAUAUAAGCCAGCCUUCUUUCUCUGUAUUAUUACUACACUCUGUUCACAUACAAAUGGAAUCUCAAUGCUCCUUCUCAAGAUUAAGUGUUGUUUUUAGGGUAGUGUUGGUGCUAAUAUGGGUGGCUUUGGCUCAAAGUGUUGAGGCAAAAACUGAUGAUAGGUGGUGCCAUUUUCCGGCCAUAUUCAACUUUGGAGACUCAAAUUCAGACACAGGUGGUCUCUCAGCUGCAUUUGGACAAGCCCCUUUUCCCAAUGGAGAGACCUAUUUUCACACCCCUUCUGGGCGAUUUUCUGAUGGUCGUCUUGUCAUUGAUUUCAUUGCUGAGAAGUUGGGAUUACCUCAUCUGAGUGCUUAUUUGGACUCAUUGGGUUCAAGCUUUAGCCAUGGAGCCAAUUUUGCCACAGCUGGAUCAACCAUUAGACCUCAAAACACAACCAUUUCACAAAGUGGGUAUAGUCCAAUUUCCUUGGAUGUCCAAUUUGUUCAAUUCUCAGAUUUUCGAAGCAGAACCUUAAGUCUUCGGAAGAAAGGACAUCAAUUGGAGAAAUUGUUACCCAAGGAAGAUGACUUUUCUAAGGGUCUAUACACUUUUGACAUUGGCCAAAAUGAUCUCACUGCUGGUUACAAACUCAAUCUCACCACUGAACAAGUUAAGGCUUAUGUUCCUGAUGUGCUUAACCAAUUUUCUAAAGUUGUAAAGGGUGUUUAUGGUCUAGGUGGAAGAUCAUUUUGGAUACACAACACAGGCCCAGUGGGCUGUCUACCUUAUAUUUUGGACCGGUUCUUUGUCACGACAGCCCAAAUCGAUAAAUAUGGUUGUGCUACUCCAUUCAAUGAUGUGGCCCAAUUUUUCAAUAGUAAACUAAAAUCAACUGUGGCCCAACUUAGGAAAGAUCUCCCAUUGGCUGCCAUAACCUAUGUGGAUGUCUACUCAGUUAAGUACACCCUCAUAAGUCAAGCAAAGAAAUUUGGAUUUGAGAACCCACUUGUGGCUUGUUGUGGUCAUGGUGGAAAGUAUAAUUAUAAUAGGUUCAACAAGUGUGGGAGCAAGAAAAUUAUCAAAGGUAAAGAGAUUGUGACUGCAAAAUCAUGUGAUGAUCCAACGGUCAAGAUCAUUUGGGAUGGGACCCAUUUCACUGAGGCUGCUAACAAGUUGAUAUUCAACCACAUUGUAAAUGGUUCAUAUUCUGACCCACUAAUUCCAUUGGAAAUGUCUUGCCAUCAAUGAGUGCCCCUCCAAUGUUAUUUUAUUUUCUCAAAAACCCUUUUCUAUCUUCCUAAAGGUGACAAGUGAACUAACAUUUUUGUGGGAUUUGUACUAUAUUGCUUCUAUGAAAAGUAUUAAUGGGCUUUAUUUUGGCAAAA